UAAAAAGCAGCUACGCAUUCCAAUUGACACGAGAGAAAAAAAAGUAGAAAAAAGAAUGGCGUCGUCGAUGGUAAGAUCUAGCGUGUUGGCGGCUCUACGGCGGGCUCCGAAGAAAUCUCCGGCUGCUCCAAAGAGGAGCUUUUCUUCAUCUGCUGGCCACGAUGAUGCUUAUGAGACAGCAAAGUGGGAGAAAAUCACCUAUGCUGGCAUUGUGGGUUGUACUAUUUUAGCUGUUGUUAAUCUUUCGAAGGGUCAUCCCCACAGUGAAGAGCCCCCGGCUUACCCGUACUUGCACAUCCGCAACAAGGAGUUUCCAUGGGGUCCUGAUGGCCUUUUCGAGGUUAAGCAUCACUGAUCCUUGAGCUGCCAUUCACACUAAAUGAUUGUUGCUCAGAUACUUCCAGCUUCUUCAAAUUCCUCCUGUUAAAUGCCAUGAAGAUGACAUGAUUUUACUACAAACUUGCUUUCGUACUCAGUAUUGUCAUUUGUCAUUGUGGGGUUACUAAUCCUUGUCACAAUUUCAGUUUGUCUUUGUUCUUUAAUAAUGUGCUGGGAUAGAAGUAAGACCCCUACUUAAUUAUUUGAUUUGCAGUCUUAUAAUCAUAUUUUAAUCUGAAGCUUUUAAUAGGUUUUCUUAUUUGAA